AUGGCUGCUUUUGAGGGUCACAUCCAGCGUCUCUGUGAUGAAGCCACUUGCUCCAUCUGCCUGGAUUACUUCAAGGAUCCAGUGACCAUCCCAGAGUGUGGGCACAACUUCUGCCGAUCCUGCUUGAUCCAGUGCUGGGGGGAAUCGGAGGCAGAGGCUUCCUGCCCUCAGUGCAGAGAAAGAGUCCAGAGAAGGAGCCUCGUCCCCAACCGGCAAUUGGCUAAUAUGGCAGAAAUAGCCAAGAAUCUCAGCCUUCAAGAGGGAAAGGAGGAAGGAGGGAAAGGAGGAGUCUGCGAGGAUCACCAGGAGCCCCUGAAGCUCUUUUGCAAGGAGGAUGAAGCCCCCAUCUGCGUGGUGUGUGAGAAAUCAAAGGAGCACAAACAUCACGAGGUGAUUCCUCUGAAGGAGGCUUUCCAGGAAUACAAGGUAGGAGAUCCCUGGAUCUUGAGGGGGGAGAAAUAGCUGUGGAUUCUUCUUGGGAGGUUUUCUUUUUAAUUCUCAGGUCCAAAGUAGGCAUGACAUGAAUUCAUCCUUGUUUAUUAUGUAUAAAGCAGCCCAGGGGAAGCCUGAGGGCUCCUGGGAUGGCUGGGAGGAGGGAGUUUAAGUCUUUCUCUCUUCCAGGGGAACAAAGGGAUCUCCCUUGAUAUCCCUGAGUAGCAUCUGCAAAGACUAGGUAGAAGUCUGUAAGCAAGGGGUGACCUAACUGGGUCCCUGAGCCCCACAGGGCUGGCACAGAAAAAAGGUAGCUGGUCCAGGGAGCCAUGGACCCAAAAAGGUUGAAAACCUCUGGACUUUUAUUUCCUUGAAUAAAUUGCUUUGCUAUUAUAGCAAGACCACUGGGCGCAAGAAGCCAGCACACUAUUCACCUCCUCUCUGUGUGUCUCAAUCAGACCUUAGUUUUCCCUUUUCUCUUUAGGGAGAGAUCUGUCGCCGCCUGGAGAUUCUGAGGAAAGAGAGAGAGGAAAUUCUGGCCCAUCAAGCAACCCUGGACAAGGAAUGCAAAGACCUCCUUGUAAGUGCCACUCUUAUUACUAGGGAGGGAACAAGCACUUGAAGAGUCGAGUCAGGACUGAGGAGGGAUGGGGAAAUCUGCCCAUUUCAACUUCUCCCCAUUUCUCCUUUUUCCAUAUCAGUCUGUUUAUUAACUCUGGUUAUGCCAUGCCCCAAAGCAUGCAGGGAACAUCCAUGGCUAGAAAAAAUGCUCCUUCCUUUAGGCUGUAUCCCUCUGCAAAACAGAAGUCAACAGAAAGUCAAUGAAGAGGGCUGCCCCUCAAAAUAAAGGUUUACUUCUUUAGUAACUGGAGAUUUCAUGUCUAUGAAAAAUCAGAAGUGUCGUCCCUGUAGAACUCUCACAAUUCUCUUCCUCAUGUUUUGAAGGCUGAUCACCUUCCACACUCAGACCUCCUCUUUUCUUGCAGAAAUUAACAGAAACUGAAGACUAUGGAGAAGUUCGGAGAACUGCGCCACUUCCUGGAAGAACAAGAAAAACGUCUGCUGACUCACGUGGAAGAGGUGGAGAAGGAGAUUGCAGGGAGAAGGGAUGA